AUGGCGUCCAUUGAGUUGGAACGUAUGUACGAUGCGUGGAGGAAGCGCGAUCAGGCUCAAUGUCAGAAGGCAAUGUUCAGUGUACGCUAUCGUACAGUCAUGAACGAGCUCAGUGCUAAUUUGGAGGCACGCAGGGCCAAGCUGUACGAUUUGUUUGAGCGUGAAAAGGCGGAAAACUUGAACGCUUGUUCUGCUAAACUGCAUGCAGAAGAGACAGCGCGCAAAGAGGCGAUAGUCGCAGAGGCAGCCGCGAUCAAAGAACUAAUCAAAUCUAAAAAUGCUGAGGUAGCAGAACGCGAGUACCAACGGCUACUUCAUGUGUCUAGUGACGAAUAUCGUCUCUGUAGGCCAAAGAUUUAUAAGAGAGAGAUUUUGAAGGAUCAGAGGGCUAUAAAUGAGUUUAAAAAGCAAAAGGAAGCGUAUGAGAAGGCACGCGAUAUGAUUCUCGUUCAGCAGCAUGACGGAUUCAGUCGUCGACUUAGUGAAGCCGAUCAAACUAGAAUUGAAGAUGGGAAAACCAACAACAAGGCGCACCAAAACUUCCUUCUCCAGCAGAUAGCCGAGAGAGAAGAAAAGCGGAAGCUGGAAGAGGUGAACAAGCUUAACGACUAUAAGGAACUAGAGGAGACUAUGAGAGCAGAAGCAGAAUUACAAAAACAGAAGACUUUACAAAGGAUUGAGACAAGGCGGAAACUAAGUGAAAAUCUUCAAAGUCAAAUGGAAGCAGUGCGAAUGAAGCUCAAGCGGGAGGAAGAUGAAAAUGCGACAAUUGAUAAAGCGAUCAGCAAACGCUGGCAGAUGAAGGAACCACUUAACCCAGAUAGAAGAGAACAUUUAAAAAGUCUCAAUCGUGAUGCCAAAUUCUUCUUAGAGUACCAGCAACAAGUUCGCGAUCACCGCAGGUGCAUGGCAGCCGAAGCUGACAAACAACGGGAUGAAUUGGCCGAGGAGUAUCGUCGCAAACAGCAGGAACGCGGAAGGACUCGCAGCUGCUUCGUACAACAGUUAAACAAAGAGACUUUUGAGGCACAUAAAGGUGCUUUGGAUGAAAAAUUAAAGCAUCGAGCAGCGUUAAAAGCGCAGAAAUUGGAAGAGGAAACAAGGGAUUUACUUGAAGACAAACGCCAAGAAGCCGAAAUGAGGAAGGCUUUAAAGACGUCUACAGAAUCAAAACGAAUGGCCCUAAGAUUAUCGCUUAUGAAGCAGUUGGAGGAAAUAUGUUUGCGAAGGAAGCAAGAGGCAGAAGAGAUUGAGAGGGAGAAAGCGGCAUAUCGACUGGCGGACGAGGCCUACCAGACGAAAAUGAAAAAUCUUGUGUGUGAUGAAAAGAUGUGGGAUGAGUAUAGUCUUCAUCCAUGGCCUAGUGAAAGUUGGUCCCUAAAGGCGGUCAUUGCAUCAACGGACGGUAUUUCAAUGGAUGUGUUGGUAUCUGGCAUAGGACACCAAGCAGAUGAGAUCAUACGUUCCUCAACCGGGAUCGUCGGCGGCAGCGGUGGUGGUGGUGUCACCACAGAGAUCCAGGCCCUUAAAUCUCCCCCUCGCAACGAAUCGGAUGCAAUCUUUCCGGACAAUUCAACGGACCGGCUAUUUUGGUUCGCACAGUUAUCCGAUCUUCAUUUGAGCCAAUUUCAAGAUAAAGGCAGAACUCUUGAUUUUUCCCGGCUAUGUUCUGUCCACGUUCCUGUUAUCGUUCCUGAUAUAGUUGUUGUUUCAGGUAAUGCAUCACCGUCACCUGUUACUUUAGGUGAUAUAACUGAUGCAAAAUUUCCGAACAUGCGUGGUUCACGACAAUUUGAAGUGGAAUGGGCAAAAUACGAAAAUACUGUAAGGAAGUUUUGUGCAUCCCCACGAACCAUAUGGUUGGACAUGCGCGGAAACCAUGAUAACUUCAACGUUCCUUCUGUUUUCCACCCGGAAAAUUACUUUCGUCAGCACUCUGUGGACGGUCUAAAUUUCACUCAGUCUUACAUGAUCACUCAUCGUAAACCCUUUGGCACUUACUCCUUCAUCGCCAUGGACGCCUGUCCGUCUCCCGGAAUCAAGCGCCCGCUAAAUUUCUUCGGACUCAUAACUCCGGAAUUGACGAGAUCCCUUCAGUCUUUCUCUGCCAGGGCCCAUGGUAGUAAUCAAACCUUCUGGUUCGGUCACUAUCCCACAUCCACAAUCAUCUCACCUGAUUUUGAUUUACGCGGGCUAAUCAGCAAGACAGCGUACUGUUAUUUGUGCGGCCACUUGCAUUCCCUGAUGAAUGUAGCACCACACAUGUACACGGUGCAACCGCAAGGCUUUCUGGAACUUGAACUGGCGGACUGGCGUGAUGGACGAUUCUUCCGUGUUAUUGCAGUAGACAACGAUUUGGUAUCAUUUGUGGAUGUCCAAGUCCACGGCAACGAGGCAGAGCAGUGGCCUAUUGUCCUAGUCACUAACCCCAAGGAUGCGGCCUUCCUUUUGCCCAACAAGGAGCCCGCUAAUCGCAUUCUUCGGUCAACCCACAUACGAAUUCUUGCCUGGUCAAAAUACCCAAUAAUUCGAGUCUCUGUGACAGUUGAUGGCGAGUACUUGGGCGACGCAAAGCCAGGUGUUCGUCAUGAUGCUACUAGUACCACCAAUUCCCCCCUCUUUGUGUUGCCGUGGGAUCCCACGGCGCUUGCAAAACGCGGCCCUCCCGUCGGAAUGAGCGCACACUCCAUAAAGGUGGUUUGUGAGGACGCCCACAACAACGUCCGUACAGUGCAACAGUCCUUCACCCUGGAUGGCACUACGCGAUGGAAUUUCGGAGGCUUCCAGAGCUUCAUUCUCUUAUCAAAUCAGAACUCCAACCUCAAAGUUGCCUUCUACUUGAUUUGGUCUUUUCCCUUCUUCACUCUAAUUAUCGCUCGGUUGUUCGGCAGAUCUCUAUUCUGUGAGUCCUUCCAAACCUCCUUCUUCAUUCGCCCGUUUUCUUUUUCUUCCAGCGAUGGUCGUGUCUGUGAGGACUUCUGUCAGCUGGAGGGUCUUCGUGAGGUCGCAAAUAGUAACAUCAUCUUUACCGGAUUCAUCUGCUACCUGGUCUACAUCCUUUUUGGUCCAAUCUUCAUGGGCUACUUAUUGGAUGACAGCUUCGGUUACGUCUUCACUUUCGGUGUCUUCGUUUAUAACACCUUCAUUCCGGAGGGCACAACUUAUUUGGUCGAGAUUAUUCAGCAACUUCUCUUCACCUAUCCCCUGCUGCUACUUCUCAUCCAGCGUAUGCGCGCAUCUCGCAAAUUACACUGCUUGGGCUACUUUUUUCACUACUGCCUCUCACAGAAGCACUGCGACCUACUAUUGAUGUGUCUCCUCACCACACUCCAAGUGGCUUUCGUAGUGCUUGUUGUUCUCUUACCGUAUGGUUGGACGGCGUUUUGCCUUUCACCCGGCCGUCUGUGGCUUCUUGGUCUGGCCUGGCCGCUCUUCAUUUACACCGGACGUCGGGACCACCACCCCGAAAGCAUGCCGAGGUCGUCGAUGUCGCCCGGGUGGAAUCCGUUGGAUUGGCUGGCACAGUCCCUUGCGACGAAGCUUAGUGCGGAUUUGUCAUCUACUCGUUUCUUUCUAACCAUAUGCCUCGGCUAUCCCGUUUCUGCAAUUUAUCUUCUAUCCAUUAGUAAAAAGCCUCCUCGUGUGGCGCAUAUUUAUUUUCUCAUUACUGGCAUAUUAUUAUUGUGUUGGAACUAUGGUAGCGGGGUUAUUCAUCUGCUGAUUGGGAUUUUUUCGACACUUGCUACGCUGCAUAUGUUUGGUCCGACCGACUUCGCUGUUGCACUCACCUUUAUCUUCAACAUGACGUAUUUGCUUGUGGGUUAUUAUUACAUGAAUUACGGAACGUACGAUAUAAAUUGGACAAUGUCCUAUUGCAUCCUCUGUUUGCGACUCAUUGGAUUAGCCUGGGAUUAUCGUGAUAGUAGUCUUCCUGUCGAACGCCUUUCUGAGUACCAGAAAGGUGCAGCAUUUACUGAACUUCCGAGCCCGUUGGAGAUGUUUUCUUUUUGUCUUAUGCCGACUGCGUGCUUUGCUGGACCACAAUUCACUUGGCGUCAUUACCAUUCUUUCAUCAACCAAACACUUCGCCCGCAGAUUAUUUUGCGGAAUCGUUCUCUGAUGCAGAAGUAUUUGCUAAAUCCAAAGUUACACCGAACUCUAAGUCGACUGUCCGUCGGAAUUGUUUGCCUGGUGCUCUACUUGUUUUCUCUGAUCUACUGUCCUAUGGAUUAUAUGCUUACACGGGAAUUCCUCACAGAGCGUUCCCUCUUCUAUCGCGUUGGCUACAUGUGUUUCUACUCAAAUUUCCUUAUUAUGCGCUAUCUCGCCAUUUGGCUUAUUGGUGAGGGAGCGUGCGUCUUCCUGGGUCUCGGUUGCACCGGACGCAUUCGUGUAGACUACUAUGACAGCUCCGAGGACACCAACGGCAACAAGAAGGAAGCCAAUGAUGGCAUGACAGUGGCGCCGGUAUCAGUCGGGGUCGCUGUCUCGCAAUUCCGCAAGGCAGCGGUGCUCAGCAGCAGCUCCAAUGGCGGUUUCUGUCGCAUUGAAGAGUUUGACGACAUCAAGGCCGUCGAGGCAGCGGUGCGUGAGGGGCGUGCCACCGUGACGGAGGCACAGCACACUCAAUGCGCUAACAUUUCCGUGGUGCGCUUUGAGUCGGCUACUAACACUGAUCUUCUCGUCUCCUCUUUCAAUAUCAACACCAAUAAGUGGAUGCUUGAACAUCAUAAUGACGCUCAGAGUAUUUCAAGCUUUAGUUGGCAUUGCUUAAACCCAAGAAAAUCGGUAAAGAGUUUGCCUUCUUCAACUUUCAGGUAUUUAUAUAAACGUCUACGUUGCCUUGGCAACAAAUCCAUAUCACAGGCUCUUACGUUAACAUUCUUGGCAAUAUGGCACGGCUUCUACAGCGGCUACUACGUCAACUUCUUCCUCGAAUUUGUCACUAUCUACGCGGAAAAGCAGUUCCUAGCUAUCGUUCAUCGCUCUAUAUACGCGGAUUUCCUAUACGAGACCCUGGUGGGAAAAAUCAUCACCACUAUCAUUGGAAAGCUGCAUAUUCUCUUCAUCCUCUCCUGCCCUCUUGUGGCAUUCUCCAUGCUGCGUGCAUCAUUGUGGAUUCCGGUAUUUAACUCAGUCUACUGGAUUGGUUUCAUCUACCUCCUCUGGCCAUUAGCAGCGCCUUUUGUGAAGAAGGUCUUUCCACCGAAGUCGCGGGCCGAAGUCCGCAAAUCGUUGACAAAAGGUAAACACUCUAUGUCCGUUUCAAGGGCUCCAAAUACACCGAAUAGAAACAUGGGUCGUGUGACUAAGGAUGAGAAAGCAAAGACAGGGAUUAAACGAACUCGUGGUAGACCACGCACGAAGGACCUGAAGUCUGCACCAGUGGCAAAACGUCAUAAGCCCUCUAGUGCAAGUUCUGCCAAUGGUGCAAAAAGUCCUCAAAGGGACACCAGUUUGAGUCCAACACACCAAGAACCACCUCAGCUCGAGCCAAUGCCGGCUGUGGAUGAGGAUGAUGACCUUGACAUUCCAAUUAGCUUUCCCUCUCUUAUUUCUGUUGACGAUCAUCUUCGUCCGGGAAAGUGUAUUGUGAUUUGUCCCUUGGCAAAUUGUCGCAAAAAGUUUUCCAAUCCCAUUGAACUUGUAUCACACUUACGAAUUUAUCAUGAAAAUGACACCUUUUCAUCAAUGAAAAUUUAUACUUGCCCUAUUUGUCUUAAAACACGUUUCAGUUCACACACUACCAGUUCCGAUCUGACUCUACUCUCAGAGCAUGCGGCACGCUAUCAUGGACAAACUCUGAAACAGGCUGAGUUCAUCUACUUUUGUACCAUCGUUUUGGACGUUGUAACUGGCGAUAAGGCCACGCAAAAGAAGGAGGAAAAUAAUCUUCUAAAGAAGGAGGCGAGUUGUAUGAUCCAACAGCCUAGCUCAGACAGUCAAUAUUGCCCUAUUCUCCCUCUAGUGCCUAAUUCUACUGCAACAGAAAUGCGUGCCGACGUGGAUUCGACUAAAGUUGCGCGCGUUACAACGGACAGUCUAGGUCUUCGAAUGCCUUCUACCGCGGGUCAUUUCAUCCAAAUCUCCCCAGUGUCACAACGUCCCGUUAAUAGUACUGUCAACACCGCUGCUGCCUGUUCUACAGCUCCUCAGCCGGUGUUUGCUGCACUGGCAGCUGUUGCGGGUCAGUUGUCAACUGGGGGGACACCGACCCUGCUUCUUUCCUCCACCCCUCCCACCACCGCUAGCAGCGUCACCUCUCCUGUCGCCACCGCCACAACCGCCUCCGAACAGCCCAUUCUUAUAGCUCCCACUGGUGGCAUAUGUACCGCCUCCAAUUCGGCUAAACCCCUUCCAGUGUUAAUUACCUCCUCAUCAACUGCCCAAUCGUCUCCAUCAGACGCUAACCAGGCAAACACAUUGACCUCUUCACUACAACCACAGUCGUCCAGUGCAGCAGCUGCCAUAGCGACACUGAAGCAGCUCAUUCAAUCCGCCUCAGCCGCCGUGAAGUCUCACCAGUCCUCCCCAGUGGUGGCCCAGGGCUCCACCUCGGUUACUUGGACUCCUGCUGUAGUCUCCUCGACGGCUAAUACCUUGUUGUCCACUCUACCUUCCGUACAAGCCGCUACUGUACAGCCUAGCAGCACUUGUGCGGCCAAUGUGGUGACAAAAGUUGAACAGCCACCUACCACCCCAAUGGGCUAUCCAUUUGUUCAGGGAGCCUCCAUGGUGACCUCGCCUGGACCAGAAUUAGACUCCAAUUCCGAUUUAAGUUCUUUCGCCUCCGCCAAUGCUGAUCUUCUCACUUUGGCACGCCUGUCAAUUAACCAGGCCUCUGCUGAAGCCAUCAACAACAUCAGUAGUAACAAUUCCAUAAGCAGUAAUAAUAGUGGCGGUGGAAGUGUUCAGGAGAUCCCACCGUCCCUUCCUCCACCACCGCCACCACCGUCUCAACCGAGCCAGUCAACAGCGUCUCCUGCUCCACGAAAUCGUCGUCUCCUUCCGCGCAAAACGACUUCCGCCACAGCCACCGCCUCUGUUAGUACUCCCAUUCUUCUUCGUAAACGUGUUGCUCUCCCACCACUGGCAGUUAAACCUCCAAAGGAGUCCACAACUUCCACGGUGAAUGCCACAACACAGCCAACACCGACAGCUACCCAACAGCCAAAUCCACUGACAUCUGCUCACCCAACGCUUGUCGCCGGCGGUGGUGGUAUAGACGGGGUGACAGCCUCGGAUGAGGCACCGGUGAUGACUGCGGCCUUGAUCAACCCCUCCUGUUCCUCUCCAGCCACCACCACUCUCAUUCCCUCAAGUCUGGGCAGCAUGUUGGCGAAGUCGCGGUUGUUGCAAGCCAGCGCUUCGCCAUCGACCUAUAUCAGUGUGCAGCCCCGGCCUACUCCACUGUCUGUGGUGUCUUCUGUGAGUAACCAACAUCAGCAACCGUCGUAUCAACCGCAAUCACAGCAACAGCAAUCGCAGCAACAUCUCAUUCAGCGGGUGGUGCCCACUAUUCGACCUGCUCCCCUUCAAAAGAUCCUUCCACGGCCCAACACCACUACUACCCCAGUCUCCACUCCCACCCCUGUCUCCGCACCUGUUACUUCCACAUCCAAUGCCACCGUCGGCGGCAAGGAGUUGCGGCCGCUGCUCUACUCAGUCUCAGCACCGCUGAUCGCUCAGGCACCAAUCACUGUGACCACGAGUGCUGUUGUCACGGCACAAGCGGGUAGUGCUGGUGUCGGUGCGAUAGCCUCCACACCCGUUUCCACCACUACCUCCAUCAACACUCCAAUCAAGGCAUCGACAACAGUCUCCAUCUCACAGAUCAACGGGAAUGGUGCUGCGGUGACCACUAUGAUUUCCAGCACCGCCACCGCCAUCACCACCACCAAUACUGUGACUACAAACAACUCUGCAUCAUCGGAUGAGGGACCUAGUGCUCUGGUCAUCUGCACCUCGCCUUCCGAGUUGAACCCCCCUCCCCCCUUGCUCUCUGCCACCGUACAUCCUAACAACGAGACACGACGCCAUCUUGAUGAAUGUGUUUUGAUGGAUUUGUAG